ACGGCUACCCCUCUGAUACAUAUUUUUUUUCCCUCUCAAACUAGUAAAAAGCUGCUUUUCUACUAUAAAUGAAUGGCUCCCAAACUGUGGUCUGUGGGCCAUAGAAAGCUGGCUGGAUGUAUGGUGCUGGCUCCUCCCUUUGUUCCAAGAAGCCUCUGCAGGUGUCCAGAUUCUUCAGCGUAAAGGCGAGGAAGAAGGCCUCUUGAGCCAGCUGGCUGUGAGAGGGUGGCAUCUCAGUCUUCUGAUUGGGGAUAGGGCGAUAGGGCUGUGGAGGAGCAGGAGAGGAAACAGGAAUCUCCCUCAGAUCUGGACACAUAAGUAAGGAUGAAGGUGCCAACCACCAGCAGGAGAAGAAUAUUUAAGGUUUUUAGACAAGAAGGAGAGGUUAAAGCAUCUUAAAAACAAACAGAGUGAAUUCCAAAACCAUGUUUUAAAGGCUAUGGAAGGGAAAAGGAUAACUGAUCAGCUGAGAUGGAAAAUAAUGUCUUGCAAGAUGAGGAUUGAGCAGCUGAAACAAACCAUUUGCAAAGAGAAUGAUGAAAUGUCAAGAAGCUCAGAGGGGCUUCUCAGAAUUAAAGAUGAGAACCAGAAGCUUUACCGCAGGGCUCAGAGGCAUCAGGAGAAGAAAGAGAAGAUCCAGAGACAUAACCGCAAGCUCGGAGACCUGGUGGAGAAAAAAAAUUACGAUUUGAGAAGCCAACGUGAACACUUGGCAAAUCUUCGACGGUCACACAUACUGGAGCUAACGUCUGUCAUUUUUCCCAUUGAGGAAGUGAAGACUGGCAUGAGAGACCCUGCAGAUGUUUCGUCUGAGAGUGACAAUGCCAUGACCUCUAGCACUGUGAGCAAGCUUGCAGAAGCCAGGAGAACGACGUAUCUCUCUGGGAGAUGGGUGUGUGAUGACCACAACGGGGACACCAGCAUCAGCAUUGCAGGGCCUUGGAUAAGUCUGCCUAAUAAUGGAGACUAUUCAGCUUAUUACAAUUGGGUGGAAGAGAAAAAAACUACACAAGGACCAGAUAUGGAGCACAAUAAUCCUGCCUAUACCAUCAGUGCUGCAUUGUGCUAUGCAACUCAACUCGUUAACAUUUUGUCUCAUAUACUUGACGUAAAUCUCCCCAAGAAGUUGUGUAACAGCGAGUUCUGUAGCGAGAACCUCAGCAGGCGGAAGUUUACUCGGGCAGUGAAGAAGCUGAAUGCCAAUAUCCUUUAUCUUUGUUUUUCUCAGCAUGUAAAUUUAGAUUUAUUGCAUCCACUACAUACGCUCAGGAACCUUAUGUACCUGGUCAGUCCAGACACUGAAAACUUGGGCAGGUCUGGGCCAUUUGAAAUAAGUGCUGAUCUCGAAGACUCCAUGGAGUUUGUGGAUCCUGGUGCUGCUGGUGAAACGGAUGAGAGUGGAGACGAGCACGUCAGCGAUGAAGAGACUGACCUAGGGACGGACUGGGAGAAUCUGCCAAGCCCUAGAUUCUGUGAUAUCCCCUCUCAGCCGGUAGAGAUGUUACAGAGCCAGAGCACGCAGGCCUCCCAGCCUAUCGCCAGCAGCAGCGCAGGCGGAAUGAUCUCUUCUGCUGCAGCCUCCGUGACGUCCUGGUUCAAGGCAUACACUGGACACCGUUAAUGAGCACCUAGGAAGGAUCACAGGCCUUGCAGAAAGAAUCCCUCCCCCAGCAAUGCUGUAGUAAACCUUACAUGUUGAGUUAAGUAGUGCCUGGAACGCAAAGGUCAGACUUUAAUUUUGUAAACCAGAAGAACCUUUUUAUUUACCCAAGAUGACUGUGAUGGUGAUGUUUUGUAAAUUAGCUAGAUCUAUACUUCUGACUUAUUCCAUAAGGGCACUUGCUGCCUCUGAAUUCUGUCUGCAUUGUUGAAUAUUGAAGAAAAAGGACCCUGCAGCAGUGUCCAGAUUUUUACUUCCUAAAGUAGAUUUUGGAAUACUUGGAUCAGGGGCAAGGAUGGGGAGAAAGCUGCUAAAAAUUCAGACUGGACAGUGGUGCAAACACACACGAUUCACAUUUGGUUAAACUCCCAACAGGGUUUUGUGUGUGUGUGUUUAGAUCUGUGUCACAUAACUCAUAGAAAACUUACAGCACAACUGUACAUUUCAAAAUCAUUUUUUGCUCAUUCAGGAUAUGAACAUUUUUAAUGUGGUUUUUCAUCUUUGUUGCCAUAUUUUUAAUAGAAAGCAGCAUGGAUGGUGACUUACGAAGCUGAUUGCCUUUUUAAAAAUUGGGUUGUGGGUUAUGCUCUUCUGGUAGAAAACUGGUUCAUUUCACGCUGUUUUCAUUAGCAGGUUGUCUAAAAGUUUCAUGUUGUGCUGUUCAAAGCACCCAGGGUUUGUAAUAUUAAUACCACACACACCAAAGAAACACUGGACAUUCUCUUCACUGGACCCACAUUCACCAAUACAGAAGGAUGACAUUGCUGCAAUAAUAUCCGUCAAUUACAACAUCGCCAUGGUCUCAGUUUUCACUUCAGGCUAGUUUAAUGAAGUUGUGUGUUCUCCACGCUACGUGCAUUUGAAAAGCUGUUUUAUUUUGUGUUUAUAGCGGGGGGGGUGGUUUCUUGCUCACUAAAUACUGAGAAGUCCAUUUCACUGCAGAAAUGCUUAUGGCGCAAUCAGCCUGCUUGUAAAACCACAGGAAGGUGUGGUACGGGCAGAUGCUUUCAUUAGCAAGCGCCCCUCUGCAGCCUCCUGCCUUGCAGAUACGUAUUACAUUGCUUACAAAUGUUUUUUCUCAGCGAGGCUUCAGAAGCGCAUGGUUUACAUUUUAUCCAGCUGAGAUGAUUUUACUUCAUCAUGGGGUAAAUGGCAUAAACACAUGUCCCCCUCCGGCUCCGCUCAAAUGGAAGAUCUCAGCCAUUCUACUUUAUUGUUCUCUUAUGGUGACACUUCUGUUCCUGUACAAAAAGGUGGUGUUAGAUUGCGAUGAGCUAAUACUUAUGUGGGAUCACUGUGCGUGUGCACUCGUCAGACGUUGGCUCUGGGGCUUGCUCACCUCACUCUUCCUUUCCCUCUGUAGUGAUUUGCCUUCUAGCCAGAAGAAUGAGAUGUGUGACUUCCUGAGUGCUGGCUCACAUGGGUCCAGCAAGGAGUGCAACUUGUAAUGCUUCCACACAGGUUUACACACGGUGACGGGCUCUUUCACAAGCACCAAUCACAAGCUCUUCUCUCUCCCUUUUCCCUCUUGUAUGGCAGCUCUUUCCACGUGGCCUCAGGGGUGAGGAUGUGACAAGGAAGCCUUGGGGGAUAGGGGUUUCUUUUAUUUUUUUCCUAUCUUGUGACUUUGGGGGAUUUUUUAUUUUUUUUUAAACCAAAGACCCUUAAAUCCAUAAUGUUGGAACGUAAACUUUUAGAUGGGAUUUAUCCUCUAU